AUGCCGGAUGCCUGGGAGCAGCAGCAGCAGCAGCAGCAGCAGCAGCAGCAGCAGCAGGAAAAAACAGCAGCAGCAACAGCAGCAGGAGGAGGUGUGAUAGACUUUCGUCUGAUACAGCAGCAGCAGCAAGAAGAGAAAGAGCAGCAGCACUUACACAACGAGGAGCUGCACAACGAGGAGCUGAGCUUGAUAUGUCCGCUGCCAGUACAAGAAGAUACAUUUGGCUGUCCCCAUACAAAAACUUUUUUGCUGCUGCAGGCGCAGCUCUUCUGUCUCUCUUUUCCUAUUACGGAUUACUAUACUGACCUCAAUAGCGCAAUAGAUAACUCUAUGCGAAUCAUACAAGCAAUGAUAGACAUAGCAGCCGAGGAGGCUCAGCUGCAGUAUGCACUAUACACCAUCCUGCUGCUGCAGUGUAUACGCAGCUCCACGCACCCCGCGCGCAGCAGCCUGUUCUGUCUGCCGCAUAUAACAGAUGCAGCAGCAGCAGCACUCCAUCGACAAGGAAUCGUCUCCCUCGCUCACCUGGUAGAGUGUAGAUCAGCUCCCCUUGCUCUGACUCGCGCGGGGCUGCAGCAGAGAGAAAGAGAAGAUACAUUAGCUGUUCUCUCUCGCAUACCCCGCAUGCGCAUGCGUUGGUUUCUCUAUACAGCAGCAGCAGCAGCAGCAGCAGAUGCUGCUGCUGCUGCUGCAGCAGAUGCUGCUGCUCCAGAAGGAGAAGAUGCAGCAGCAGCAGCAGCAGCAGCAGCAGCAGAUGCAGCAGCUACAGACAAUGAAGAAAUUCUUUACACUCGGAUUGAGCCCCAAGUCAUACGGGGACGAGACGGGGAGCCAACGCGGGCGUUCUUAGUUCCUGCAGCAGCAGACUUGCAGCUGGAGAUACACCUGAGGGCCUUGGGGCCUGCUGCUGCUGCUGCUGCUGCUGCUGCUGCUGGGGGGCGCAACGCCAGCGGCAAGCCAGCAAGCCGCGGCCCGCGGUCCAGCUGGUUUGUUAUACUCGGAGACCCCGACGAAGCUGCUGAUGAGCUCGUUGCUCUACGCCGCGUGCACCUGCGGCCCUACGGCCGCACCAAGCUAACCCUUGAGUUUUCUGCGCCUGAGGAGAAAGACGAGAUAUUCUCUUUGUCUCUCUUCUUAUGCAGUGACGUUUACCUCGGCAUAGACCAAGAAGAAAUACUCACCUUCAAAACAUACUAA